AUAUCUAAAUUAUCACUGUACAACUAGUUUUAGAUCAAGGCUCAGCUAAAAUGUCAGCUCUCAACAGUAGACUUUCCCUUUCAGUUGAGCUAUGAUGGUUGUUGUAUGAUCUUCAUGAACAAGAUCUUCUGGCUCUCCAAUGUCUCCACAAACUCUUUGGAUUUUUACAAUUCCACUUCUUUUCAAUUUAACAUUAUCUCUUGAAUUCAUUUUCAACACUAACUUCAAUUCCACCAAUCUCCAUACAUAUGGCAAUGCUACAGUUCAAGAUUCAAUUCUUUCUCUCACCAAUAGAACCGCUUUCUCUAUAGGACGUGCUUUGUACCAUUCGAAGAUCCCAACAAAACAAUCCAACUUUUCUACACCACUUCCCUUCUUUACUUCCUUCAUUUUCUCCAUUGCCCCUCACAGGCAUCAGUUGCCUGGCCAUGGCUUUGUCUUCGUGUUCCUUCCCUUUACUGGUAUAGAAGGUGCCAGCUCGGCUCAGCAUCUGGGUCUCUUUAACUUGACCAAUGAUGGACAUCCGGACAACCAUGUUUUUGGUAUUGAGUUUGAUGUGUUUGAGAACCAAGAAUUUAAAGAUAUCAAUGAUAACCAUGUUGGUCUUGAUGUAAAUUCACUCACAUCUUUUGCUUCAAAUGAUGCGGGGAUUUGGGAGGGGGAAGAUGAUAAGAAGUUUAAAGAAUUGAAGCUUAAUAAUGGUGAGAAUUAUCAAGUUUGGAUUGAUUACAAUAAUUCAAGGGUUACUGUUUCCAUGGCUAAGGCAGGGAGUAAAAGGCCAAAUAGGCCUUUGAUAAAUGAGUUCCUUAAUCUUUCAGAGUUUUUUUUCAACGAAAUGUACGUGGGUUUCACAGCAGCAACUGGACAGCUGGUUGAGAGUCAUAAGAUUUUGGCUUGGAGCUUUAGUAAUUCAAAUUCUUCUAUUGGUGACGCUUUGGUGACAACAAAUUUACCAUCGUUUGUGCUUCCAAAAGAGUUGGUGUUUCGAUCAAAAGGAUUUGUUAUUGGGGUUAGUGUUGGCUGUGUGUUGGUUAUAGGAUGUGGAGUUGUGAUAUAUGUAAUUUUGGAGCGGGGGAGAAAUAAGAAAAAGGAGAAUAAGGAAGAAGAAAUUGAAGAUUGGGAAUUAGAGUAUUGGCCACAUAGAAUUGGUUAUCAAGAGAUUUAUGCAGCAACAAAAGGUUUUUCCCAAGAAAAUGUAAUUGGGUCUGGAGGGAAUGGAAAGGUCUAUAAAGGGGAAUAUCAAGGAGUGGAAGUUGCUUUGAAGAAAAUCUCUCUUGAGAGUGAGAAUGGGAUGAGAGAAUUUUUGGCUGAGGUUUCAAGUUUAGGCAGACUGAAGCACAAAAAUUUGGUCGGAUUGAAAGGCUGGUGUAAGAAAGAGAAAGAAAACUUGAUUUUGGUAUAUUAUUAUAUGGAGAACGGAAGUUUGGACAAAAGGAUUUUUGAUUGUGGUGAGAGCUUGACAUUAAGUUGGGAAGAGAGGAUCAAGGUUUUGAAAGAUGUGGCUUCUGGAAUCUUUUAUUUACAUGAAGGAUGGGAAUCUCAGGUCUUGCAUAGGGACAUUAAGGCAAGCAAUGUGUUACUUGAUAAAUAUAUGAAUGCUAGAUUGGGGGAUUUUGGUUUAGCCAGAAUGCAUCAUCGUGGACAAUUAGCUACCACAACCCAAGUGAUUGGAACUGCUGGGUACAUGGCACCGGAAGUGGUUAGGACAGGGCGAGCCUCAACUCAAACUGAUGUGUUCAGCUUUGGCAUCUUGGUUCUAGAGGUGGUUUGUGGACGAAGACCUAUUGAAGAUGGGAAACCAAACUUACUUGAUUGGUUGUGGAGGCUAACGGAGAGAGGUGAAUUGCUUUAUGCCCUUGAUGAUCGGUUAAAAGCUCAGGAUGGUUAUAGCAAUGAGGAAGUAGAAAGAGUGCUUAAUUUGGGAUUGUUGUGUUCACAUCCGGACACAAACAUGAGGCCAGCAAUGAGGCAAGUUGUGAAGAUGUUUGAGGGGCCGGUUGAAGGCACUCAGCCUGAAGAGGAGAGAAUAGAUGCAACUGCAAUGAGGGUGCAGUGGAACUCUGGUAGCACCACAGGACACCCAACAUUUAAUGAAAUUCGCCAGACUUUUUCUUCUUCUGCAUCUCUGUCCGGUUCAGAUGUCAUCCUAGAAGGAAGGUGACCCUGUGUUGAUCAUAUGGGCUAGGAAUAACCAAUUAGUUACUUGCAUUUUGUCCAAGAUUUUUGUUCUGCUUUAUUUAUGUAGCCCAUAUAUACUACAGAAUAAAAUUUCAGUUUUGAUUGGCAAAAACCCUAUAAGUUGAUGAUCACUAUUGAAAUAUGUUUACGUUAUGCACAGAUUGUUAAUUCACUGCUGAGAUUUUUUAAUAAAGAAAAAUUAAGUUCCUCUUUUUUUA